AUGGUGAUACCAUGGGGGCGUCCAGGUCUCGAUGGGGUUCUCCUCAAACACGCCUGCCUGGUUUCUGCGGUGAUUGUGCCGUUUGGCUUGGUGCUGGCAAAGCUCAGGGAGCGUGCCAAAGCCUAUCAACUGGAACUCCUCGCUCGGGCCGAAGAGCCGGAGCCCGUGCCCGUGCCCGUGCCCGCUGGGCAUGACUCGGCCACCAGGGCCCAUGGACCUCGCAUCGUCAUUCUGGGUGGGGGCAUCUCGGGCUUGAGCGCAGCCUUUCUGCUCAAGGCCCGCCAACCCGAUGCACACGUGACUAUUCUCGAGGCCUCCAGCCGCUUGGGCGGAAACAUGCACACCCAUGCCCUGCAGCUGCCCGACAAGGAUGGGAGCGCACACCACAUUGAGCUGGGCCCCCGAUCCCUUCGCACCACCACCCCCGCCGCCAAAGCCGCCCUCCAGAUGAUGCUGGCGCUCGGCCUCGGCGACAAGUUGACGUUUGCUGAGCGAACGACGCGAGGACGCCGCUACGUGUACAACUUUGACCGUCGUGGGCUGCUCGAACUGCCCUCCUCCUUCCUUGCCUUUUUGAAGUUUGCCUUUGAGUACAACCUCCCUCUUUGUCUGGCCCGCGAUGUGGCUCACUUUGGUGCCAGUCUCUGGGCCGCCCUGUGCAAUCGAUCCAACCACACCGCCCGCGUACGCGCACUCAACGACAUGACCGUGGACAGCUUCUUUCGUACACACUUUUCUGACCGCAUUGCCGCCGAGCUGGGAUCGGCACUGGUACGCGGCAUUUUCAGCGGCUCCUCGACCAACCUACUGCUCAAGCAUGCCUUUCCCAGCCUAUGGCAACUCGUGGCCGCCUACGACUCGGUUGUGGUCGGCGCUCUGCUCAACCCCUUUCUCCAUCUCAGCGACCACUUUGCCCUUCAGCCCGAGCUACACAUCCCCACCGCUGGCGUCGACCCCACCACCGCUAGCGAGCUUCUAGCCCGGGCGCGCCGCGAGCGCGUUGCCUCCGUCCAGGGCGGCCUCUCCACCAUCAUUGACACUUUGGCCGACCGCCUCCGAGCGCAGGGCGUUGUCAUUCGCACCAAUGUCGUGGCCCAUGCCCUGCUCAGCUCCAUGGACAACCCCAAUCAGGCGGCCGUGCUUUGUGCUUCAGCCCACGAGCCUGCGGGUCCCUGGGAACAGCUCGACGCCACCGACAUUAUUGCCACCCUGCCCCCACCAGCUCUCGCAUCCCUGAUCGAGCAAACGCUCGAGCUGGACACCCAGCCCAGCAGCCAGGCCCCACGCCCAACCCGAACCCUUCCCGACGGAUUCGAGCCUGCUUUCACGGCACCCCGUUUGGCAUGGCGUGCGCGCGGCGCCGCGACUGCUCUCCGCCGCAUGCCCUCGCUCUCCCUGGCCACUGUGACGCUGGUGUACCAGAACCAAAGUUUUGGAAACCUGGUACAUCGCGCAGACGCUCAACCGGGCUUUGGCAUGCUCAUACCAGAGGGUGGUCUGGGUCAUCCCAAGCCAACCUUGGGGGUGGUCUACGACUCGCUCGUGUUUCCAGAGCUGGCCGGGCGUCAACACACGGUCCUCACGUGCAUGUUUGGUGGUGCUGACCCUGCAGCCCAAGCCCGGGUGACCGGCAUGCCGUCCAGCGAGCUGGCCGAUGUGGCGCAGCAAGAAGUCAACCGAUUGCUGGGCGUCAAGGCCGUGCCCAGCCUCUGUGUGCCAACGCUUUGGCGCGAUGCCAUUCCCCAGUUCACCAAAGCCUAUGAUCGGGCGCGGGCUCAAGUGGAAGAAGACUUUUUGGGGCCCCAUCUGCCCUGGCUUCAGAUUACUGGCAAAGCCUUUGGCACGGGCGUCGGCGUGAAUGAUUGUAUUUAUAGCGCCAUGCGCACGGCCGAGCAGACUCUUGCUCGGUGGCAUGACCGGGCAGCCCAUGCCUGA